AUGGCAGGGAACCCUGCUGACCACUGCCGAGCCGUCCCCCGUCACGUCCGUCCGUGCCCCGGAUCGCUCGUCGUCGUUCAUCCUUUGUGCGUCUCCGAUAAUGUUCGGCUUGAGGCGCCAAAGGCACGCCCAGGCGCUCCCGCCGCCGACCAUGAAUCUUCCGGCUUGGACCUGGCGUCGUCCCCGAAAGAUGGGCCGCUGCCCGGUGCGCACGCGUUGGUAUGGUGCGCCGGCUAG